CGCGCCGCCCUCCUCCUCGCGCCGCCGACGUCAUUGCCCCGCGCCGCCUGGUUUCCACGGAAACGGGUCGCCUCCAAGCAGGAAGUGGAGGGAAAAUAAGGAGAGGAAGCUAGAAAGAAAGAAAGGGAAGCCCCUCUCGCCCGCCAUGAAGGGAAAAGGGAAAGCAACCAAAGGCGCCAAAGGAGGGAAGUAGGGGGAAGAAAAGUGCCGGUGGCACUGGGCCUGGUGGCAGCCGGGGAGACUCGAAGGCCGCCAAGGAGGAGUCGGAGGCUGAGCGGGCCAAGGUGGCGUUGGCACUAUGGGAGGCCCGGCUGGAGGUGACAGAGAUCUCCCGCAAGGAGUACCGUGAUGCUGCCCGCCGCCUGGCCCACAGCAAUGAGGAGCUGGAGCAGCAGCGGAGGCAGAUGGAAAAAGACACUGUGGACGUCAUCAGUUACCUCAAGAAACAAGACUUAGAGAAGGAGGAAACGAUUGAGAAGCUUAAGCAGCAAGUGAUCGAUUUGAAACAGAAAGCUAAAGAAGAAAAUGAACAACUGGCCUCACAGUAUAUCAAACAGCUGGAGGAGAUGGAAGAGAAAUUCCACAAAAAAGCCAAGGAAAUUGGUCUAAUUCAAAUUGAGCUGAAAAUGAUAAAGGAAUUUCGCAAAAAGAAAACGCUUAUGGAGAAAGAACUUGAAGAUCUGAAAGAUACUCUGGAUACCACAAAAAAAGAACACCAGGAAGAAAUAUGCAUGUUGGAGAGAAAAUUUCUUGAAGAAAAGCAACGACUGGAAAGAGAAGCAGAGAAGAAGAUUAUAAUGCUUGCAGAACGGGCCCACCAUGAAGCCAUUGUGCAGUUGGACAAUGCUGGAAAAGCAGUUUUUACUGAGAAUGUUCGUCUUCAUGAGGCCCUUGGAUACCACAUGAAGGAAACAGAAGAAUUACAGAAAAUCAAGCAAAAAUUAGAGGAGGACAAUGCUUUUCUUUUGCAGGAGAAGGAAAUCAAUGAUAUCUUAGUUCGAGAAAAAAUCACGCAAAUUACUAAACAGAAGACACAAAUCCUGGAACUGGAAAACAGGGUGAAAAAACUGGAAACUGCUGUUAAUCACAUGGCCAGAGAAUUUAAAACAGAAGUUCAGAUUACACAGCAAAAAGCUUUGGUACAGAACCAAGCAGGUCAGGUAGAAAUUGACAAGCUUCAACAGCUGCUGGAAAAGAAAGAGAGAGAGAUGAGCAGAGUGAAGAAAUUGGCUAGGAACAUCUUGGAUGAAAGGACUGAGGUGGAGAAAUUCUUCUUAGAUGCUCUGGAACAAGUGAAACAGGAGAUCAUAACCAGCAGGAAGUGUUAUAAGCAAGUGGCUCAAGCUGCAUAUCAGAGAAGAAUGAGGGCAGCAUUUGCAGGGAAAGAGGAAUAUCCCAAAAUCAGGACCUUUAAUGAGAAUGAGCACAGCACAAAUAGUGUGCAAAUGGACCUUCUGGAAGCAGAGAAAUGGACAAAUAUUCAGAAGGGGAAGGUGGACAUUUCUGAAUUGACCUGGGAGCAGAAGGAGAAUGUACUGCGAUUACUCUUUGCAAAAAUGAAUGGCCUGAGGCUACGGAAACACAGUCAAGCUUUGGUUCCUAUAACACCAUCUAACUUUAAUUUUGAAGAAACAAAAGCUGGCACUGAUGGUACUAUCCCUGUCUAUGCUUUCAUCACUCAGCAGGCACCUGUGUCAGAAUCAUCUUCUCAAAGAAGAUCAUCAAUCCUUCCAGAUAUUCAGGUUACACCACCGCAGCCAAACUAAGAUGGCUGUUAAUCAUGAAAGAACGGAAGUAGUGAUCACUUUUUUUCUACACUUCCUCCUUAGGUCUAUAAGGCACAAUGCUGCUACUAUGAAAUUGCAUCCUUGUUUUCUGUGUAUCAAAACUUACUUUAAUUCUUUCAGAUUAACUGAAAGGUAACUGCAUUCCUUUUGUAAAGAAUUGUCAGAUUUUUUUCUUCCAAAAUUGAGUUCUUGCUUGGCGAUAUGUUUUCUCAAUUGUUUCACAUCAAAGAAUUUGCAUUCGAGGACUGUAUUCUGGCAUUAAAAAAAGUGAAAUACACUCCAGUCCAUAAAAGUGUUUUGAAAAUACUAAACUGUGUGAUAGAUAGUGGCAUGCCAUACUGAUUUAAUGUUAUUUGAGUUAAUCUAUCUUCCUGUCAGGUUUGUGCAAUCUCUUAUCUUUGGAUGCAACUGUGGUGGCAGGAAGCUUUUGUUUUCCCUUAAAGACAGCAUAGUAUUUUGUCCAAACCAUGGUUCGUAGCUUACACUCUUUUUUCACCACAGACUGGAAUUGGUUUCUUUGGUAACAAGCCAGUUACUUCUAAAUUACAAUUACAAUUUCAUAUACAAGAACAAGCCACAUUUAAGAGAAAUGAAAAACAUCCAAAUUACUUUUUCCAGAGAGGGGAAAACACACAUGCCCAGAGGGAGACUACUACCCUAGUCUUUAUUACAUAGUUUUAAUUGUACU